AUGGAGAAAGCUACUACAGAUUUUAUCGAAGAUGUGGACCCUCAACAACUGGGUCAUGUUGCGAAUCGAGAAGACCAUGAAUUGAAUAAAUGGCAAAGUGUUAAGAAAUACCCCUGGACCUUUGUCUGGUGUAUCUAUGCAGUUUGGUGCAUCUUGCUGGUCAGCUUCGAAAACCAAGCCGCUAGCAAUGUCACUAGUAUUCCAGAGUACCGUAAAGACUUUGGCUCUUAUUAUGAGGGAAGCUAUGUUCUCGAUGCAAAGUGGCAGUCAGCCUUUAGCGGUGCCCCUGUUGCAUCUGCGGUUAUUGGAGCCCUGUGCUCAGGACAAAUCGCUGAUACUAUCGGUCGAAGAAUCACUAUUGGAGUUGCUCUCCUGAUAUCUACCGCAGGUAUCAGUCUUGAAUUAGUGGCUACGACGAAUCAAAUGUUUUUUGGUGGCAAGUUUCUGAAUGGGUUCGCUUUGGGCGCGUUGGCCUCUGUUCCCGUUACGUUUGUGGGUGAGAUCGCCCCUCUCGCCCUUCGCGGUACACUUACAUGUCUCACCGCCCUAGCCUACGUGAUCGGUCCCCUCGUUGUGGCCCUCAUUACCAACACAACAGGUAACUACUCGAAUCGAUGGGCCUACCGCGCAGUUUUUGUUGCGCAGUUUGGUUUUGCUGCAGUGGCACUUGGACUCAUUGCAUUCAUGCCUGAGUCCCCGUGGUGGUUAAUUUCCAAGGACCAAGAGGAAAAAGCGCAUCGAUCUCUCCAAAGACUGGGAUAUAGUGAGACGGAACGAAUGAAAAAAGUUGCACUGAUCAAGACCACUCUGGAAGAGGUGCGUCACGAAACGGAAGGUGCUACAUACCUCGAGUGCUCCCGAAAAACAAACCUCCGACGAACAAUCAUCUCCAUCUUGCCCCUGAGUAUUCAGGCAUUAUCCGGUGUUGUUUUUGCCGCAGGCUACUCGACAUACUACAUGGAACUUGCUGGCUACAGCACACAACUGAGCUUCAGACUUCAGAUCGCGCAGCAAAUCAUGUCUCUGGUCGGUAAUGUCAUGUCAUACUUUGUGAUUGACCGGGUUGGACGCCGCAACGUCAUGAUCUACGGUCUAGCGGUACUGACCGUUAUCUUGAUGUUAACGGGAGGUCUUGCCGUGAUGGGAUCUCAGACUGGAAACCCCAAUGCAGAGGGCGCUAUCCGAGGAACUGUCGCUUUGAUUCUUAUCUAUUGCUGGUGGUAUAAUUUGACUAUCGGAUCCGCAGGAUACACUAUCUUGACAGAGGUCUCUACGUCCAGAUUACGUAUCAAAACGAUUGCUAUUGGACUAGCGCUGCAGAAUGCCCUAUAUACCAUGUGGUCCUUUGUGUUGCCCUACCUUUUCAAUCCGAAUGAGGCAAACCUUGGUGCUAAGGUCACAUUUAUCUUUGGUGGAUUGAGUGUGAUCUGCUUGGUUUACUUAUGGUUUUUCCAACCCGAAACUGCAGGUCGGAGCUACGCAGAAUUGGAUGAGAUGUUCAUUAGCAAGGUUCCUGCGCGGAAAUUCAAGGAAUACCGCACGGAUGCUGAGGCUAUGGGUAUUUCUGAUAAGGAACAUGCUACUACUGUUUAG